ACCUGGAAUUCCACUCUUUUUUUUGGCACGGUGGAAAUUAUCGCUCUCCCGAUAUUUGGUGGUUUGUUUCCCCCCCCCCCCUCCUGUUGUGCAGGGUUUGAGAGUGAGCACCAUACGAGGCUGUAAGGGGACCGUUGCAAUGUCAUCUCACGCCACUGUUUUGGAGCUCCGUGGAAGGGAGACGCUGGGCUGAAGUGGUUCGGAAGUAUGUCCGCCAGCAGCAAAAGAAGCAAGAGGAGGAGUCGAAGGUGCAGCGACUUUGGCAGUGGUGGCCACGCCGUGCUGCGCUCCUUAACCCUCUUGCUUCUGGGGACCCUCGUCGCCGACCCCGUGGCGGCUCAAAAGCAGCGAGGGGGUGCCUCUGAGAAAGUGCCGGUCCUAAACAUUGCGGUGAUUCUGGGGCGCACGCGCUACAUCUCCGACCGGGACAUCCGGGCGCUGUGGAGCAAGGAGGAGCCCAUUGAUGUCAACGUGGUCUCGCUGCUCGUCAACGAGACGGACCCGAAAAGCAUUAUCACCAACAUGUGCGACCUGAUGUCCGGGACUAAGAUCCACGGUGUGGUGUUUGGGGAUGGCACAGACCAGGAGGCCAUUGCCCAGAUUUUGGAUUUUAUUUCCUCGCAGACGCUCAUACCCAUCCUGGGCAUUCACGGAGGCUCGUCCAUGAUCAUGGCGGAUAAGGACGUAAAGUCGACGUUCUUCCAGUUUGGCGCCUCCAUCCAGCAGGAGGCUCUGCUGAUGCUGAACAUCAUGGAGGAGUACGACUGGCACAUCUUCUCCAUCGUGACCUCAAAGUUCCCCGGCUACCAGGAGUUUAUCAACAUUCUAAAAACCACCGUGGACAACAGUUUCGUGGGCUGGGACCUGCAGAAUAUCAUCGUUCUGGACGCGGUGGAGGAAGACAGCCGCUCCCAGAUCAUGCUGAAGAAGGUCCAGUCCCCCGUGGUGGUGCUCUACUGCUCCAAGGACGAGGCCGUCUACAUCCUGGAGGAGGCGCGCUCCCUGGGCCUCACGGGCUUCGGCUACAUCUGGAUCGUGCCAUCCCUGACCACCGGCAACCCGGAGAUAACGCCGGAGGAGUUCCCGUCGGGGAUGAUUUCCGUCUCGUACGACGACUGGGAUUACCCGUUGGAGGCGCGCGUGCGCGACGGCCUGGGCAUCAUCACGUCGGCGGCGGCGGCCAUGUUGGAUGAGUACGGCGACAUCCCCGAAGCCAGGACGUCUUGUUACGGCCAGAUUGAAAAGACCAGCAAGCUGCCGCCCAGCGCAUUGCAUAAGUACAUGAUGAACGUGACGUGGGAAGGCCGAGACUUGUCCUUCACGGAAGACGGGUACCAAGAACGUCCAAAGCUGGUGGUCAUUGUUCUCAACAAGGAGCGAGAGUGGGAGAAGAUGGGGAAGCUGGACAACGGCAGCCUGACCCUCAAGUACCCGGUGUGGCCCCGCUUCAACUCCUUUGGCGACGCCGAGAUGGACGACAACCACUUGUCCAUCGUCACGCUGGAGGAGAAGCCGUUUGUCAUUGUGGAGGACGUGGAGCGGCUGACCGGCACCUGCAUGAGGAACUCCGUGCCCUGCAGGAAACAUAUCAAAGACAACACGACUGAGGCUGGCGGGACGUACAUCAAGAAGUGCUGCAAAGGCUUCUGUAUUGACAUUCUGAAGAAGAUAGCCAAGUACGUCAAGUUCACCUAUGACCUGUACCUAGUAACCAAUGGCAAACACGGAAAGAAGAUUAACAAUGUCUGGAAUGGGAUGGUGGGAGAGGUGGUCUAUAAGAAAGCCGUCAUGGCCGUCGGAUCUCUGACGAUCAAUGAGGAGCGUUCUGAGGUCAUCGAUUUCUCUGUCCCAUUCGUGGAAACUGGUAUCAGCGUCAUGGUGUCUCGCAGCAAUGGAACUGUGUCCCCUUCAGCCUUCCUCGAGCCAUUCAGUGCAUCAGUGUGGGUGAUGAUGUUUGUGAUGCUCCUACUGGUGACUGCAAUGGCCGUCUUCAUGUUCGAAUACAUCAGUCCCCUCGGCUUCAACAGAAACCUGGCGCAGGGAAAAGACCCCCACGGCCCCUCCUUCACCAUGGGCAAGGCGGUGUGGCUGCUCUGGGGUCUGGUCUUCAACAACUCCGUCCCGGUCCAAAAUCCGAAGGGAACAACCAGCAAGUUCAUCGUGUCCGUGUGGGCCUUCUUCGCCGUCAUCUUCCUGGCUUCCUACACUGCGAACCUGGCCGCGUUCAUGAUCCAGGAAGAGUUUGUGGACCAAGUCACCGGGCUUUCUGACAACAAGUUUCAGAACCCGUACGCUUACUCGCCUCCAUUCCGCUUCGGCACCGUCCCAAAUGGGUCCACUGAAAGGAACAUCAGGAAGAACUACCCUUCCAUGCACCAGUACAUGGUGAAGUAUCACCAAACGGGAGUUGUGGAUGCACUUGUCAGCCUCAAAUCUGGGAAACUGGACGCCUUCAUCUAUGAUGCGGCAGUGUUGAACUACAUGGCCGGCAGAGACGAGGGGUGUAAGCUGGUGACCAUUGGCAGCGGGUACAUCUUUGCCACCACCGGCUACGGCAUCGCGCUGCAAAAAGGCUCGUACUGGAAGCGACAGGUGGACCUGGCGAUUCUGGCCAUCAUCGGAGACGGUGAAAUGGAGGAAUUAGAAGCGCAGUGGUUGACGGGCAUUUGCCACAAUGAGAAGAACGAGGUGAUGUCCAGCCAGCUGGACGUAGACAACAUGGCGGGGGUCUUCUACAUGCUGGCCACCGCCAUGGGGCUCUCCCUCAUCACCUUUGUGUCUGAGCAUCUCUUCUACUGGAGGCUCCGAUACUGCUUCACCGGUGUCUGCACGGGCACGCCUGGUCUUCUCUUCAGCAUCAGUCGGGGUAUCUGGAGUUGCAUCCAUGGAGUUCACAUUGACAUGAAGAAGAAGAGCGAUCUGGACUUCAGUCCACAAGACAAGAUGCUGAAGCUCAUCAAGUCGGCCAAGCACAUGACCAACAUGUCUAACCUGGCCGGCUCGCACAUGAACUCGCCCAAACGGGAGUUCAUGCACUCGGCUGGCCCUAUGAUCAUGGACAUGAUGGCAGAGAAGGGCAACUUCAUUUAUGCUGACAACAGAAGCUACGCUCCCAAAGACAUGAUGUACGGGGACACGGGUGAUUUGCAGUCUUAUCUGACCAACCGCCACAAAGACCAUCUGAACAACUACAUCUUCCAGGGAGGCCAACAUCCUCUGACCUUGAAUGAUACCAAUCCCAACUCUGUAGAGGUGGCAGUCAGUGCCGACGCAGUCCAGACCAACGCCAAACCACCGCGCACUCUGUGGAAGAAGUCGGUUGAUACACUCCGCUCUGCGCCACCCGGACCGUCGCCCAUGCCUGACAUGCUGAUGCCAGACCCGCGGAUUUCAAUGAAGACACAACGCUACCUCCCAGAGGACACGGCCCACUCUGACAUCUCCGACUGCUCCAGCAGAGCGGCUUCAUACAAAGAUCCAGAAAACAACAAGCACCUUAAAGGCAAGGACAACUUAAAAAAAAGACCUGUGACUUCAAAAUAUCCACGAGACUGUAGUGAGGUCGAGUUGUCCUACUUGAAAACUAAGCAGGUCAGCGGCGGAACCAACCCACUUGGCAGAGGAGGUGGAGAGAAAAUCUACACGAUCGACUCCGACCGAGAGAUGAGCUUGCACUCGGACCCCGUACUCUACAGGGAGAGUCGUGGCCUUGCAGCUGAUGAUUUGGAAUACCCUGAAAUCUACUCUGACCACAGUGAUAACUAUCGAAAAUGCGAGCAGCCCAUCAUCCAUCUUAACUCAUCACCACUACAUCAUACAGAUUCAGACCUGCUUCCGGACCCAACUUAUGCGAAACACUACAACAUGAAAGAGAAAAAUAUUUCCAUGUCCCCGCAUGAGUCGAUUGAUCGCUAUAAACAGACACAUUGCCGUUCCUGCUUGUCCAAAGUGACUGCUAGCUACCCUCCAGCAGGGGCUUACACCCCUGCGGUAUCUGCCGCAGCCUCUGCUACGCGCUCACCAUAUAACCGAUGUGAAGCAUGUCUCCACACUGCAAACCUGUAUGACAUUAGUGAGGACCAGCUUCUUGCAGACUCCUUGGUCAGCCCCACCCUGCACCACCACCAACAGCAGCAGCAACCGGAUGAAAUGUUUGGUCUGUAUUGGCCACAAACAGACGGGCCGCACGUCCAGAAGAGAAACCGCUUGAGGCUGAGUCGGCAGCAUUCCUUUGACAACAUACUGCUAGAGAAGCCCAAGGAUGUAGACUUGGGGCGACCGGCACGCAGUGUCAGCCUCAAGGAGAAAGAUCGCUUUGUGGACUCCACAUCUGACUCACACUACGCAAACCUCUUCAACAUGCGUCCCUACUCCGGCAGACUGUUCGGCACCACAUCCAAAUCCAUGAUGUUUAAUCACAACCUGGAGGAGAGCAAGAGGAGCAAGUCCCUGUACCCGGCCCAUGGCUCGGAAAACCCUUUCCUCAGCCACACGCUGAGAGACGACACCAGCAGCAGACUGGUCCAUGGGCGUAGCUCCUCUGAUAUUUACAAACAGCUGGCAGUGGCGUCGCCAGCAGCGAUUCUCGGAGCAGCCCCCAUCAAAACACGCAACGAGGCGAACAAUCUCCGCUCUUCCGUGAAAUCCACCACCUCAUACUGCUCACGGGAUGGGCGGAUACCUAACGACAUGUACAAUAAGGAGCAUGUAAUGCCUUACUCUGCCAAUAAGACUUGUGCGUACCCAGCCUCGCGUGGCGUCCUAAACUCAGCGCAAUUUAGCAAUAGACGAGUGUAUAAAAAAAUCCCCAGUCUGGAGUCCGAUGUUUAGUCCGAAACCAUGUUUUCUCCUAUUUGGAUUUGUAUUAUUCUCAUUUCUUAUCCACUAAGGGAUGCCAUAGCCACACUUUUCUUCUCUUGUAGUCUAGAAGAACCUUUGCCCAUUUGGGUGUGACAGUUCUGCUUCUGUCGCUGCAGAUGAUAUCACAGUUUUUUGUCCGUUUCCUGCCAUGUACUAAUCAGUUGGCUGCUUCCGAUAGUUCUUUGUCAUUUUGUGUCUCGCCGUACUCAGGAGAUGAGGUAUCAGCUUUCUCGGUAUUGGUAGGAAACACGGUUCAAGAGAACAUGUGAGAGUUGCCGGGGGAACACAGCCUUUGUUGAUUCGAGAUGGGAACGAACGAACGUAACCCAAUCGUCCGUUUGUCUCCAUCCUUUUCCGACAAGAACGUGGCUAAGCAGGGAGACCGGAUGGGCACGUGUGGGUCUUUGGCGAGACAUCGAGGCAUCCCCGGAGAGCAGGGCACCGUGAUGAGCUGGUCCAACAGUCUGCUGCUCGUUACGCUGGCAAACAUGGCAACGGCGAUGCCUGGCAGAGCACAACAAGAAAGUGGAGAUGAACGGUUGGUUCAUUUCCAGGCAGUCGUUCAGACCCAGUUUAGUCUCGCGAAGAUGGCAGUAGGAGAUACCAAUGUUUACAGACUGAAAAAAAAAAACUGCGGCAAUGUAUGGCUUUCUAUAAACUAUAAGAUUUCUUGGAGAUUCUGGCACUGGCACCUAUGUAGGCGUUGAGUGUUUGCUUCAUAGUUAGCACAAUAGCCAUUAGUUUUCAAACCUUUCUCCUACAAUCACUUUUAAAAAGCAAGGCUUUUUUGAAAAAAAAAACAAAAAACAUUAUUUUUGCACGUGCAGAUCUUUACCCCGUUGUAGAUUAGAAGGGGGAAAAUAAACCACAUACUCAUAAGUAUAUUUUCCAUCGACAAGAAUGCGGCUGACGGACGUUUGUACAAUCGAAAUUCCGACCUUAGUAAAGCAGCGUCAAGCCGAAAGGCGUCGAAGGGGAAGAGUUGACGAGCGGAUGCAACCCUUUUUUUUACUUUCUUUCGACCACCUUGCCAAUGACAAACAGGGUAUUAGUUACUAGAAAAAAACAGGCGAAUCAUUCCCCCUUCCAUGCUUUGAUAAACAUCACACUCCAAUCGGGUGUGAAAUUGCUUCCGUUGUUUGUUUUUUUUGUACAUGAAAGAUCUGACCUGCGGUCUCGUGAAGAACAGUUUCCUGAAGUCUCGACCAUCGAUGUCGAGCAGGGUAGCCGUCACCGAGACGUAGGUCUGACAACAGGCAGAGGAGGUUUUGUGUGUGCGUGGCAGCCCUUGGAUGAGCUUAAGGACGAACAACUUCCAAUUAUUUAUACACUUUGAUUUUUUUUUUGGACGUACAGUAGGUCUGGAUUAGUUUUUGCCUCAUCCCUGGACUUAUGAUGCAGUAUUAUCUGCUCACAGAUGCCACCUGGUGGUUGUUUGGCGACCCCACAUAAAUGAACCAACCCCCCAAACCCUCAUGCUGCUCCCACACGCCGGGUUCUCACAGGGAACGAGGCCAAAACUUCUCCAGACCCACCGCAGCUUUGAGGAAAAUGUCCGUUGAAAAUGUCCAAUUUGGGGAGAAAACAAACUAUGAUCGAGUUGCUUUGAUGGACGGGAAUUGACAAAUUGUAUCAAAUGAUAUACCUCAGGAUGGCGAGUCUGCGCAUUGCGGGGGAGCUUCAACCAUCGCGUCACAGGAAGACAAAGAUUUUGUAGAAAACAAGAGAAAACGUUGAAAAAAUGUUUAUAGUUGCAGCAAACGGAACCAAACCUAUUUUUUUCUCCCUGUCAAGGUCUUCCUUAACUUGCGACUGAAAUGUCCAACAAUCCAGCAGCCCUUUGGUGGAUCUUUUAUUUUCUUUUUAUUUAUUUAUAAUUAUUUUUUUAAUUAUUUAUUUUUUUUAGUUGAAGCUCCGCAAACGCAUUCAUAUCUCAUUUCAUACACUUGGAAUACUUCCUUCCAUUGCUUCCGCCGACCCUACUGACUGAAGAGCAAUAUUUUCCUCCUUAAUUAUAUUUACUUUUGCAUCUUAUCUACAUAUUUAUUAUUAACAUAUUUAUCUCCACACACUGAUCGUGUGAGCGGAUGAGUGAACAAUAUUCACGUGUAUUAAAAAAAAAAAAAAAAAAAAAAAAAAAA